CACUUUUUAAAGAACCCGCCGAGCUCUGUGACUCCACCUCCAGCACGCCAUUCCCUCAACAGUAUCGCGUUUGUUACCCGUCUCUUGGUCUCAAUUAUUCUAACCGUAAACCAAAUUGUAACGUAAUUCCCGUAUCUAAGGCUUUCGGUGUUUCCACAUCCCGACUCCGGACAUGUCCGCAUCCAACCAGUGCAGGUACAAAUAUGAGCAGUGCAAAGAGACAGUAGACUGGUUGUUGGCUCGCACAAACAUCCGGCCAAAAGUGGCCAUUAUUUGUGGAUCAGGUCUUGGUGGUCUGUCAGACCUGCUGAACAACAGGACUGUAUUUCCUUAUAAAGAUAUCCCGCAUUUCCCCCACAGUACAGUAGAAGGACAUGCAGGUCAGCUGGUGUUUGGGGAGCUGAAAGGAAAGCAAUGUGUUUGCAUGCAAGGCCGCUUUCACUUCUAUGAGGGCUAUGACACUGCAAUGGUCACAUACCCAGUACGUGUCUUUUUCCUUCUUGGAGUUAAGACCUUGAUUGUAACAAAUGCUGCAGGAGGGUUGAACUCCAAUUUUAAGGUGGGAGACAUAAUGAUGAUCAAGGACCACAUCAAUUUUCCUGGCUUUGCAGGUCAGAAUCCUCUGUGUGGCCAUAAUGAUGAGAGGUUUGGUAAACGCUUUCCCUGCAUGUCAGAUGCAUAUGAUAAAGACUUGGUCCAGCUGGCCAGGCAGAUAGCUGAGGAACAGGACUGUGCUAAAUUCCUCCAACAGGGAGUAUACUGUAUGUUGGCUGGACCUACUUACGAGACCAUAGCUGAGUGUAAAAUGCUUCAGUUACUUGGGGCUGAUGCUGUAGGAAUGAGCACAGUACCUGAGGUGUUGGUGGCACGUCACUGUGGCCUGCGUGUCUUUGGCCUCUCCCUCAUAACCAACAAGGUGGUGUCUAACUAUAGCAGUGAGGAGUGCACCAACCAUGAGGAGGUUCUUGAGACUACACGCAUUCGUACUCAAGAUGUUCAGCGCUUGGUCAGUCAUCUUGUGGAAAAGAUUUAAAGUCAUACUUUCCAGUGGCCAGGCAACUCAACCUACCUAGCGCUAAAGAUGAUUUAACCAAAAGAAUAUCUAAAUGUCUAAAAUGCUAUAGUGAAAAUAAUGUACUUAUAAUGAAUUUUGAGAUUAUAUUAGUAGUAGUAAAGAGUAAUUUAUAAUAGCGUUUUAUUUAGACAAAUGCACUAGCAAUGUGACACUUUAAGACUAAAUCCAGCAAUAGGGGUGUAACGGUACACAAAAUUCAGAGUUUGGUACGUACAUCGUACACGGUUCGGUUUGAAUUUUGGAACCAUUACGGGAAAAAAUUGCUAAAUAUUAAAUUGCUUGUCAUUUAUUUAUUUUAAAUCUUGAAUCCAUAGCGUUAGCUACUUCUUGUUUAGUGGCUAACACUAGAGCCAUUGAUUAUUUAUUGUUUUCAUGUAGCCACAGUGACACUGUGCUAUCUCUAAUUUCUGUUUUAAACCCAUGGCAUUGUUGUGUAUGUUUUCAAGUUUGAAAUUAUUUUUAAAAAAAUGCGCAAAGUGCGUGGUGAAGACUAAACAAACUAGCGGCCCGGCAUUUGAUACAUUCCUGAGAAAACUCUGAUUUUAACUAUCUUCUGCGAGUAAAGGAUUAAAAAAAAAACUCUGAAUGAAUACGUGUACUGUUUCAACCCCACCUAGCAACAUUAAACAUUUUGUAGACUGCUAUAUUUAAAAAAAUCUAUUUACACAUAACUCAUAUAUACUACUGUACUUGAUUGACACUUUUUUUUAUUGAUUCUUACCAAUGAAACAUUCACUUAAUUACAGCCUGCAGUCUACACUAGAGAGUAAUAUCAUAAGCUUGACACUCUGGAGACAAGAGACUGUGGGUGUUCAUUUAACAGUGGUAGAAUUGUGUAUGUAACAGUGUGCCUAUUUGCAUAUACAAUCCCAAUUCCAAAAAAUUAUAAAAUAAAAAAUGCAAGUUAAAACAGAAUGCAAUGAUUUGCAGUGCCAAUCUCAUAAACUCAUUUUAUUCACAGUCAAACAUAGAAACCAUAUAACAUGUUUAAAUUGAUGUACAAUUUUAAGGAAACAAUAAAGAAACUUUCAAUUUGAUGACUGCAACACAUCAAAAUAAAAUAAAAGAAAUGGGACAGGGGCAACAAAAGGCUGAAAAAGUUAGUAUUACUAAAAAUAAAAAGCUUGAAGUAUUUUGCAACUGUUUAGGUUAAUUGCUAACAGGUCUCUCAGAAGUAAAGCUUAGCAAAGCUUCACCAAUCUGUAAAAAAUUGUGUCUAAUAAUUGUGAAAUAACUUCAGAAUAAUGCUUCUCAAAAUAAAUUGUGAAGAUAUUAAAUAUCUCAUUAUCUAUUAUACAUGUUAUCGUGACAAGAUUCAGAAAGUCUGGAGAAAUAUUUACAAGGGACAAGGGUAAAAAUCAAUGUUGGAGGCCCAUGACCUUUGGGCCCUCAGGCGACACUGUAUUAAAAACAAGUAUGAUUCUGUAAUGAACAUCAAUUCAUAGACUGAGAACACUUUCAGAAAUCAUUGUCUAUGAAGACAGUUUGCUGUGUCAUCCACUGCAGGUUAAACUUUAUUAUGCAAAGAGGAAACCAUAUGUGAACAUGACCAAGGAACAGAGGAGAGGGUGCAACCAGCUUAUCGUCAGCACUCAGUUCAAAAUACUUUGGUGGUAUGGAGUGCAUUAGUGACUUGUUGCUACUUUUUUCCUCAAAAUAAUAUAUAUUUUUUAUUUUAAACAUUUGGUACAUUUUCUAUUCUGAAUUAAAUUUGGCUAUAUGAGAUUUGCAAAUCAUUGCAUACAUUUAUUUUUAUGUAUUUUUUUUUCUUUUUUUGGAAUUGGGGUUGUAUUUAUGUAUUGAAAGAUUCUUAUUUUGCACAAUUUGAUAAUAUGCUCAACAUAUCAGGAAAAUCAUGUCAGCCUUAAAUAGAUAUUUAUAAAUAUGCCAUUAGAACUGCAGUAAGCUGAUUGAUACUGUGUUUAUUUGGAACCCAUAUCCCAUGUAUUAAACUCAAAUGGCUUACCUCAUAAUUCUCAAGUGCAAAUAUGGCUGUACUUGAUUUUAUUUUAGUAUUCACAAUGCAUUGAUACAUAUACAUUUUAUCCAACAAACACUGGUUUGUGAGUAUCCAAUACUCCUUCAGGAGACGAAUGCUUGUGAAAAAAGUAUUGAAAACAAAAGUGUUGAUCAUUAAUAUUUUACAAAGUGCAACCAAGAAAAGAAGAAAAUUAUUCUUCUCAGAUUAGUGACAUUUAAAAUAGCCAUCAUUUGAAUUAUUUUAUAGCCAUACAUGCUUAUCUUAUUUAAAAGAAGUGUUGUAGAACAAAUCAGUGCACAUAUAAAUUUACACUGAUCAGCAAAAUAAUGCUAGUAGAUAACUGUAAUGUAUCACAACCACACUAUGUAACAUAGGGUGUCGCAUAAUAAUCCUGUGAUCAAUUCUUAAUCUUUUUGUCUUUGGGAGUUUCAAUACAAUACAAAG